CAGUGGGUUUUCACAUUCGGCACAGACAGAAGAGAGAAUUUGAGUCAAGACAUAAAAAUGAUCUCUCGUCCUGUCUCUGUUCGAAGAAAAGUAAAAGUCAAUCACAAUCAAUGAGAGGACGUUCACUGGCUGGUCACUUACAGAUUCCAAACAUAUCGAAUCCCGCCGUUCUGUUUUUCUAGAAUCUGAAAUUACACCUGCGGAAUCGAAAUCAAGAUCAAGAACCGCCACUGGUGUGUGUUGCUGUUGAUUGUUGAAAAUUCUUCAUGACGGCAUCCACGAAUCGCGACGAGAUGUCUUCCUCCUCCUGCUCCUCUGCCUCAUCCUGCACCGACACGGCUUCUCUGGCUUCCGUCGCGACGAGCACGAAGGUGCAGGGUCUGAGCGACGACCUGGUGACGUAUUUGAUGAACCGAGGAUCGCUCAACGAAUCCGUCAGCCGGCCCAAAGUCAGCAAGAAGCAGCAGCUUCACCAGGGAUCGCACGCGAAGCAGCUGGUAUUUUUGUGGUUGACAGUGGUUUUUCUUUCAUUUCUUUGACUACUGGAUCCGGAUCUGCAUGCGGUUUUUGAAUUGUGUCGUGGUUUUGUUCUUGCGUGGUCAAAGCAUGAUCAGCUAUUUGCGUGUGAGUUUCGAAGCGUCUUUCGUUUCCACGCAUGCGAUUAGUACCUUAUGAUCCAUUCCAAACUUCCAAGAUACUGGAGAAGAAGCAGAAGGGCGCGAUCAUUCGCUCCGUAGAAAACCCGAUCGGAAACGCGCGUCGGGAUCCGCAAAGCUUCGAUGCAGGUACAACUUAAAGAGCUCCUGAGGAUGAGAAGCAUCAACAUUAACGAAUGAAUAAAAGAAUACAUUCCUUUGCGAGGACAUCAUGCGCGAUCUCUUCAGAACAAUACGUAGCGCAGCCACUAAUCUCAAACGCUAUCCUCACAGACACGGCGUUACGCGACAAGGCAUUCCAGGACGCGUUUAAUGCUAUGGAAAAGGUGAAAGAGCACCACCUGGCCGAAACGUCGGUGCAAGGCAAUCCCACAGACGGCAUUGAUGUCACAACCUUGCGCAUGCAGCAGAAAAAGCGUGACGCCAUGGACCCGAGAAUGGCUGCGGCCGGACACAUAUCAAAUGUAAAAAUGUCUGGGUCUGGAAGAAUGCAACUUGUCAUGCUAAAUCUGAAGCGUGCAAAAAUCUGUGUUGCAUGAUCACCAAAAGUCGUCCAGUUUUGACCAAGUCGGGAGGCAUCUCAUGCAGGAUACGCAUUGGAAAGGUUUCGCAGAAUCUGUCAUGCUAUGUCCUACAUUCCAGACCUCAUGGGUUAUGGAAAACCUGCAUGACAAAUCUGGCAAUCUUCCAGACCCAGACAUUUUUACAGUUGAUAACACAUACCGCCGCUCUGGUGGGGAGAUGGGCUGAACUGAGUAUACGUUGAGGACAUGAUUAUAACGUGGCGAAUUUACUGUUUCUUUCUGCUGCCCGCGUGCUAAAACGUGGAGGCGGCCAAAGAAAAAAUAUGCAGAGCACGACGACGCACAGAGCUGAGCUGAGCUGAUCGAUCGAAUCGAAAUAGAUUCAAAUUGCCUUUAAUGAUGUUGAUGUUUCAAAAAUGGAUUUUGUUUUGAAGGACUGAAGAAGAAGAACCCACCGGAAUUCUGUUUUUUGCGGCGACCUUAUCAUGAAUGUGAUGGUAAAAAUCAUCUCAAUUACAGAGGUCAAGCAACAAAAGAUGAGCGCAGCGCAGAAACUACAAAAUCAAGCUGUGUAUGAUAGAACUUUCGUUUAAUUUCAAGGAAUUUCAGGUCGUUGGAACGUUUAUUUUUCGGCAUCCGCUGAUAAUCGUGUUGCCGCGUAGGACACUCCGGCACACGUGCACAGCAACAAACCUUGCGCCACUUGUUUAGCGUUGCGAAUCACUGCCAGUUCGAAUGACGCUUGCUUCUCACUCUACUCGUAUGUUUCGCGUCUAAGUUGUGUCUCGACUCGAUUUGGUUCCAUUUGCUUGUCGAGGUCGACACCGUUUGACAGUAGCGCUCAGAGUUGAAGUUGAUCGACUGAGGACUCGUGAAAUUUGUUUUCUGCAGCUCGACAACCUGAU